AUGCAGCAAAGCUGGCUCGAGGCCCGAAACAAUCAUACCUAUGAAAAUGGACAUCGUUACUAUGGCUUCAAGGCCGAAUUCCCUUUUCCCGAUGAUAAGGACGCCCAAGCGAGCCAUAGCGCACUCGAUUACGUCUGGCGCAUGAUGCUAGAUGAUAAGCUUUUCGUCGCGCCGCUUCCGACUCCAUUGAAGAGAAACCACAAGGUUCUUGACUUUGCUACACGGAGUGGUGCCUGGGCUAAUCUAUUUCGGAGCGAGCAUCACGCGGCUCGCCUCACCGCUAUGGAUCCUACCUACAUGCAGCGGACUGACUGGACCUGGAUUGUGCACCAUGAUCUAGAAGUGGACUGGCCAUUCUCAGCUAAGCAGGCGUUUCAUCUCAUCCAUGCGCAGUCCCUGGGUGGGCUGCUUGCAGACUGGGAGGGGUUCUACCAGAAUGCCUACAGGCAUCUUGUCCCUGGUGGAUGGUUGGAAGUAAAGGAACAUGAUAUUCGGCUUUGCUCUGAUGAUGGCGAUAGCAGUGUUCCAGACGCAGUACGACAAUGGCAGGAGCUGUUGGAGGAAGCGGCAGAAAAGUUCGGGAAGAGGAUUAAUGUUGCCGGAAAGCAGCGGGAGUGGAUGGAGCGUGCUGGGUUUGCGGAGGUAAAGGAGCAGGUAUUCAAGGUUCCACUGGGUGAAUGGACCGAGGACCCCAAAUGGAAGAGAAUUGGAGGGACUUACUCCUACCAGCUGCUGAAAAGUCUAGAGGUGUAUUCUAUGCGACUAUUCACUCGUACAUUAGCCUGGUCGAAGGAGGAUACAGACAAGCUCCUCGCCCGUGUUCGUGAAGAACUGCAGCAGGAGAACCUUCGUCUCUAUUCUUAUUUCCAUGUGAUUACCGGACAGAAACCUGGCAAUGCGAAAAGAACGGCGCAUUAG